AUGGUUAUUAAGAUUCGGUAUUAUUAUCGCACUUUAUAUCUGAUUGGAUUGGCAUUGGUGGUGGGAGGUGCCUGGGCAGUAUUCAACAUUCCCUCCUUCAUGCAGGCUCUGGCUUUUGCCUUCGAUGCCGAGGUCAGUGGGAGCGAACUCUAUCAAAACGCCAAGUUGACACAGGCUGUCGCAUAUUUGUGCAUUGGUCUGGGCAUCUUCAUUUUUCUCGUAGCCUUCUUCGGCUGCUGUGGAGUUGUCACAGACAGCUGCUGUCUCCUCAUUACCUACGCUGUUGUGGUCAGUCUCCUUUUCCUAACCAAAGUGAUCUGCAUUCUGGUAUUUCUUCUUCUUGGCGAGAAGAUUUCACCCAUGGUAUUCGACAAAGUUCAAGAGAGCUUUUCUGCAAACUACAAAGGAUAUUUGGGUCUUGGUAUUCAGAAUGAAUCGAUAUCUUACUCACAGGCAGCUGAUACCAUUAUGCUAAAUUUUGCAUGUUGCGGUGUGUAUGGGGCAGAUGAUUUCAAGAGCGUCAAAACCUCGAAAUUGUGGCACGAAGAGGGCCGGGUUUACAAGUUGCCGGAGGGACAAAAUGUGACAGGAGAUGAAGUAGGACUGCCUGUCGCUUGCUGUCAAUUUAAAGAUAUCAAUUUCUCAAUGAACGGGAAAUAA